GUUAGUAAUACAAAUUCAACAUUUAUAUCGUAGAAAAGAUUGCAAGGAUCAUUGCAACAAUUAUGAAAUGAAUUUUGUAUCUGGAUUCUACUUCGGGGGGUGGAAGGAGAGGAAGAUAUAUGGGAAGAGGCGGUGGACGCACUAGCGAGCAAACAUGGGAAUCAUUGGGCAUGGCUACAGACAAGUCACCGAGCAGCAAUGCAUACAUGGGGAGGGGUGGUGGAAGAGGUGGCCGAGGUAGUCAUCAUAGCGUACCUGUGAAAGACGAAAGGAAAGCGACUCCACCUAAUGAUAACGCUGUAGAUGUAGACCAAGAACGUGAUGCUAGUAAAUUAAAUAGAGGUGGUGGAAGAGGCGGUGGUCGGGGAGGUUCACACAGAGUUCCCCCCACAGAAUCAAGAGACCAGGAAUUUGAUGAAUAUAUAAAGUGGCGUAGGGGUAUAAACCUCAGAAGGGGAAGAGGCUGGGGUGAGCGCGUUGUCUGGGACCAGGAUCGGAGAGGAUGGCCCCCAGUUAGAAACGAUAUUCCAGACCAUCGAAGGCCUUACAUUUUACGGGGCAGAGGUGGGUCCAGACGCGGAAGAAGUGGGUUUGGCCGAGGAGGUGGUAGAAUUCGUUAUGAAGGAAAAGAACAAAGGUGGUAGCAAUUAGGCAUAUAAUAGAAUAUCAACACAUCGGUCCCUCUUGUUUUGUAAUUUUGAAAAUAUUAUGCUUCAUUUAGUUUGAUUUGAUAGUAUUCUCUUCUGCAAACUUUUCAUGCACAUUUACUUAAGAUAACUUGUAUAUAUGAUACAACCAUCAGAUUGCUGUAAUUAAUAAACCUUGCUGAUCAUAUGCUUGUUUAUUGACUAUAUAAAUAGAAGAUGUUCCUGAAAAAAUUAUGAAUUUUUGUUUG